CCGCCGACGGAUGUGAAUACGAAGCGCCGACUUAACCACUAUAUAAAGAGUAUUGUGCAAGUCGCACGCGACUAUAUAAACGCUAAAGUAUUGGUUAAUUAUACGCAACACGACAACUACAAAGUGAACUACAGAUGUGUGUAUAAAUCAAUGUCCGCUUUUAACAGGCGGCUGCAGUGCCAAUAAAAAUAAAAAUAAUAUAUAAAGCUAAGCAACUACGGCGUUUGCUGGAGCAACUUUUGUUUUUGUUUUUAAUUUCUUCAUACAUUUUUGGCGCGCCUUUUGUGAGUGAAGCGCGCGCGAUAAGUCGGACAAACAAACCAAAAAUCAAGGGAAUCAUAAAAAACAAAAUUUAAUCAAUUACACGUGUCGGCACAAACAAAGAGAUAAUUCGAUUAUUGUCUCGCCAAGUGCAGUCGGAUCAAAACACAAAAUUCAAUCUGAACGUAAUAAAAUUGUUUUCGCAGAAUACCAUUCCAUAAAAGGCAAUCAACAGUGUAAUCCCAAUGUUUGAGGAGGAGGCUUUUGGCGAUUUACAGGAAAUUAUCAAUGCCAGCAUGGAGUUGAACGGCGGCGCCACCGGAGAAGGCAGAGUGGGAGGAGCUGGAGGAGGAGGUGCUGCACAGCACAUAUUAUCGCAGUCGACUUCCUUGCCGGUAAUGCCCUCGCACUUGCCGCUCCACCUGCAGAACCAGAGUCAGAAUAUGAAUCAGAAUCUGCCCAAGCCAAGUGCUAGGAGUGGACCCUACCUGCGUAUCGUGGAGGAGCCGACGAACCACAUAAUCCGAUUUCGCUACAAGUGCGAGGGUCGCACGGCCGGCUCCAUUCCGGGAAUGAACUCCAGUUCGGAAACGGGCAAGACCUUUCCCACCAUCGAGGUUUGCAACUACGACGGUCCCGUCGUCAUUGUGGUGUCCUGUGUGACCAGUGACGAGCCCUUUCGCCAGCACCCCCACUGGCUGGUCAGCAAGGAGGAGGCCGAUGCCUGCAAGUCGGGCAUAUACCAGAAACGGUUGCCGCCAGAGGAGCGACGACUGGUGCUCCAGAAAGUGGGCAUUCAGUGCGCCAAGAAGCUGGAGAUGCGCGACUCGCUGGUGGAAAGAGAGAGAAAGAAUGUCGAUCCGUUUAACGCCAAAUUCGAUCACAAAGACCAGAUUGACAAGAUCAAUAGGUAUGAGUUGCGCCUCUGCUACCAGGCUUUCAUCACUGUGGGUAACUCCAAGGUGCCCCUGGAGCCCAUCGUUUCCUCCCCGAUUUACGGCAAGAGCAACGAGCUGACCAUCACCCGGCUGUGCAGCUGCUCGGCCCAAGUCACCGGCGGCAGCGAGAUCAUCAUGCUGUGCGAAAAGAUCGCCAAGGACGACAUAGAGGUGCGAUUCUACGAGACGGACAGGGACGGACGGGAGACGUGGUUCGCAAACGCCGAGUUCCAGCCCACUGACGUUUUCAAGCAGAUGGCCAUCGCCUUUAAGACGCCUCGCUACAAGAACACUGAGAUCACGCAAAGUGUCAAUGUGGAGCUGAAGCUGGUGCGACCCUCGGAUGGAGCGACGAGUGCCCCGCUGCAGUUCGAGUACUACCCAAAUCCAGGUACGGUAACCUUUGCCCGGCUGCAGCGAAAGCUGAAGCGCCGUCAGGAGCUGGACGUGUUCCAGCAGAUUCUUUCCCUCGACAGCGAAACCACGGCCACGAAAUACUCGUGCCCGCCAAUGGAACUGGAGGAGGAUAACAAUACGGUUUCAUCCGACGAUCAGCAGAGUUCGGGAACUCUGAACGAGUUCGAGAUAGCGGUCAAGAAGCUGCAAAUGCGUCAACGGGGUGAAUCACACGAGAUGGAUGGGGGCACGGUUACCGAGUACACGGAUAACGAUAACGAGCCGGAUAUGGAAAUUGAGCUGGAGGUGCCGCAACUGUUGCCCCAACUGGCGGACGACUGCACCCAGACAUCCACGCCCAUGGAGGAGAUCCUGCAGCAUCCCCAGCUGCAACCUCGACCCCUCACAAAUGUGGACAAAAUCACCGAGUGGAUGAAGAGCAGCGAGUUCGAGAGAACGGAUAGCCUGACGGUGGAAAACGGGGACACCCAAUCCCUUUCGAAUAGCACGGCCCAAACAGCCUUUACCAAUGUCAGCAGUUUGACCGCCAAUACGACCAUAACGAACCAGUUGGAGGAGGAGGCCCACGGUCUUCUGGCCAAUGGUUCUCGCAGGGAUACCCUCGAGAAUCCGGCCGUUAAGGAGCUGCCGGAAAACGAAAAAGAACCGGAAAUGGUUUCAGCCAGUGCUCAAGCCUCUGUGGACUUGGAUGAGAACUUCGAUGAGACAGCCACCUAUACGAGUCUGCAGAUAGCCUUUAAUAAUCCCAUAGAUAUAGGGGUGCCCAAGGAGAGCAAGCAGGGAAUACAGAUCUAUCCACCCACCAAUCCGUUUGGCCAGCUAGAUGAAGCCGAGCUGGUGGUACUGACAAAUCCCCCAGCUCCCAAGAUACGAGUGAAUGCUGCUCAGACCCCAGCCACGCCUCCUGGCUCACCGCCCCUGCCGCUGCCACCCCGAACUCCUUCACCCGUUUCGGACCAAAGACUACCUCCCUUGCCACCGAAACCGCAGAGAAACUCCCAGGAUCUGAGCAUCGUCAGUGAUUCGAUCUCUGUCAGCCGCUCGAGAAAUGGCAGCCUGAGCUCGAAUAGAACCACACCCUCGCCCAUCAUCAUAAUGCGAACCCCCGAUCAAAGUCCCACCAAAAGGCAACCCACCCCAAGUGCUUCCCCGAAGAAGCGUCAGGGAUUCUUUUCGAGAUUCUUCUCGCGCCGCAGGAGUAGGGCGGAUGACGAGGAAUCCCAGACACCCGGUGGCAGUCCCAAUAAACAAUUAGCUGGUGGAUCCAAGGCCACCACACCCACCGGCAGUAGGGAGCCCAGCGUGGCGCACUUUUCUCUGGGGGAUCCCAAUCGCAGCUCCACACGGUCCAUGCAGCCACUGGGAAAAAGCGAGGGCAGAAAUGGCAAGCCAGUUGGUCGAAGUUCCAGUAGUGUGUCGGGAAAGAGACCCGCCCACCUGGACGCGGAUGUGAUCCACAUACCACUGAAGGGAGGCGAUAGCGAGAACAGUUUGCUUCGCCCGGAGAGCUACUCGAAUGCCAGCACCCUCAGUUACGGACGGCCGCUGGACAGGAAGACCCUGAGCACUCUGCAACUGGCGGAUAUUCCCAUCAGUGAUGGCAACAUGGAGUUGAUAGCCAUUGCCGACAGGCAGAGCAUCAAGAAUCUGUGCGAGGGAGCCUACGGUGUGGUCUUGGAUCCCAGUGUGGAUCUCUCCGAGGCGGAGCACUUUGCCCUGUACACAACCAAGAGUCCGGAGCCUCCGUUUGGCGGAGAGUUUGGAGAAGGUGGAGCAGCAGGUGGUUCGGCAGAUGGUCAAGUGGCAACUACGGAUUUUCUCAGUGCGGAUGAAAUAGCUCGACGGCUGGCGGAGGCAAAUGGAUUGGAGUAGUGUGAUGGGGGUGAUGAGAGGUUGCGGAUAACUGAUUUGAUGCC